UCCACCCUAUAAAAGCACAGUAGCAGUGCCAGUAAGCACUUCAUGCAGACAGCAGAGGUAACAACACAGAUAUCCAGCACAAGGUCUUCUUUAGAAACUAAACUGUUAUCAUGACUGCGACAAAUUUGAAAACACACUUGCUGCAACUAAACUGUCAUUUUACAUGGGGUAUACAAGAGAAGUAUAGUGACAUUCAUGAAAUAGAAGAAAGACUACACAAUCAACUGGAAUUUUUGGUCAGCAACUACAAAUACAUGGUGUACAAUCUAUUGGCUUAUAUAAAACAUCUACAGAGUGAGUACACAGAAUCCAUUGCUAAUUUGGAUGAAGCAGAAAAGAAUUGCUUGUCUACAUCAAAUGGAACAAACUGCAAACUGCUGGUGAUCUAUGGUAACUAUGCCUGGGUGCACUACUACUUAAAUCAAUUGGAAAAAUCUCAAUUGUACAUUGACAAGGUAAACAAUGUUUACAAAGAACUACAACAAACAAAUGAUCCUAAAGAUAUCCCUGAAAUCUAUGGUGAACAAGGGUGGUCUCUGUUGAUGUUUCAUCGAAAACAUUAUGAAAAAGCCAAAGACUGUUUUGAGAAGGCACUCAUAGGGGCUCCAAAAGAUCCUGAGUGGAACUCUGGUUACGCCACUGCAGUUUAUCGAUUGGUAACUUUUGAAGGCAUAAAACAUUCAGAUCAGCAAGAUAUGUUGUUAAAACUGUUGAUACAAGCUAUAGAACUGAAUCCAAAGGAUUCAGUGGUGAAGGCACUGCUUGGUUUGACGCUACAAUAUCUGAAUAGGACACAGGAAGGACUAAAAUGGAUAGAAGAAGCUCUAGAACAGACACCAAACCUUCCAUAUUUACUUUGCUAUGUUGCUAUAUUUUAUAGGAGAGCAGGGAUGGCUGAUAAAGCCAUUUGUGUUCUGAAAACAGCUCUGGUUUUAAUUCCUAAUUCAGGAUUUCAUCAUCAUCAGCUUGGCCUAUGUUACAGGAGCAAAAUGAUUGACAAGGCAAGAAUGGCAAACUCAUAUUAUCAAAAUAAAAGAACAAACUCAUGUGAAAUACAGGAACUAAUUCAGAAAGCCAUAUUUCACUUUGAAAUGGGAUUGGAAUUAAAAAAAACACAUGUGUAUGCAUAUACUGAUUUAGCCAACAUGUAUAGAGAGGCUAAUGAGUACAAAAAAGCAGAGGAAACAUUCCAAAAAGUAUUGUCCUUUAUAAACCUUACAGAUUAUGAAAAACAGGAAAUUCAUUUCCAUUAUGGUAAUUUUGAACAAUAUGUUAACAAAUCUGAAAAAGAAGCUAUACGACAUUACAAGGAAGCACUCCUCAUACCAGGUACUUUCCGUGAUAAACAAAAAUGUGAGAAUGCAUUGAAAAAACUGGCAGAGAGGAAGGUCACUAGAUACCCUACAGAUGCAUCUGGAUUCAGUCUGCUUGGGUUUGUUUAUAAAAUACAGCAAAAGUCAGCUGAUGCAAUCGAAUGUUAUGAAAAAGCCCUGAAGCUGGAUCCACAUAAUGAAGAAUAUUUAAGUAAUCUCUGUGAAUUGAAACUGGCAAUAUGAAGAAACUGCUGUGAGAUGAGCAAUAUGGACUCCAAUACAAACCUUAUAUAUCGCUUAUAAUUAAAAAUAUCCUUUACACGAUCCGCAUAUAGGUGGGCAAAGGAACAUCCUAAUGGAGUGUCUUAUUUUCCUCCCUGUCCUCUCUUAGGUGUCUACCAUAUUAAAGUCAAUUUUGAUUAACAGUUUGGUUGGGGUUUAAUGUCAUAAAAAAAAUUGUUAAAAUCUGCUAAUCACUACAAUGAAAAUGUUGAAAUGUGAUAUUUUGUGCUGAAUGUUUUAAAGACUAUA